GUCCCGUCAACGGUCCUCAACCCUCGGCUUCACAAUUGCACACCACGAUUUCUGCUCUUAAACUCAACAGUCCCCGUUCAAACCUUCUCUCUCGCCCUUUCUUUCGUCCAGGGCCCUUCGAGAACGCACAAAGCGGCCAGAUCUCUCAAUUUUAUUCUCCGCCAAUGGGGCUCACCAUUCCAGACGCGAUGGACGUCCAGCCGAAGGCGAGCGAAGAUAACAUGAAGAUGACAGCCCGGACGACCUUCUCCCCCGACCAUGACCUUGUAUUGAUCGUUGGGCCCGAGAAGGCACGCAUCCCUGUCUCGUCCAUCGUCCUUCGACUUGCUUCCCCCCGUCUUUGCCGCCAUGCUCUCCCCUCCCUGGGUGGAAAGUCAAGGCCUGUCCACCGAGAGCGGUUCCAUCAAGGAGAUAGAGCUCCCAGAGGAUAAUGCGAGAGCCAUGAGAUUCAUCUGCGCAGUCAUUCACCAUCAGAACGAUGAGGAGAUCGUAAAGAGAGCGCCCAGCACGAGGGCAUUUUUGCACAUCGCUAUCCUCACGGAUAAGUACGACUUUCACAGAGCGCUCAAAUUCUUUCUCAAGUCAAUCAUGAGGGAUGCAAGCCUUCAAAGUCCAUUGCAGGAUUGGACUCCGAGAACUGAACUUCGGGACAUGGGACUUUCGACCGCCAGUCUAGAAAAAAGCCAACUUUUGACGUGGACAGGUCUCUUCAACCUUACAGCCGCAGCCUAUCUGCUUGAUGACUGCACAUCAUUCAGCAAGUUUUCUUUCGAUCUAAUGGCCAUUCUGCCAUAUUCUUUCGCCGCGCUCCUGCAUGACGAUCGUAUUAGCAGUUUAUUGCCACCAAAGUUCGCUGUUAUGUUGGGAGAACGAGCCUCACAAUUCCGAUUGAAUGUCAUCAAGGACAUACAAAAGCGCCUGAACAGAAACAGCCCAUAUAAUUGCUGUCGACGCUGUUCGUGUCACGCGCGCGACGCAAUCACGGAGCACUUCGAGGACUUCGUAGUCCAUUUUGAUGACACUGACGAUGGACAUCGCAAACUUCUGGCGUCCAUCCUCUAUGAUCUGGCGGACCUAGCUCAUGAAGACGCCCUCUUCCUACAAGCAGAGUGCUCAUACAGUGGAGAACCUCACAGCGUUGCCUUCCCAGAAGACUUCGUAGCGCUCGGGCAAAAAGUACAGCUCUUCAAGGAGCGCAUUGUUCUUUGCCUUAGGUAUGUAAGACUGCUUGGCAUCGCAGGAGUCUGUGAUGUCACAGACUCCUGCAAUGCUGGGCAUAAUUUCCAUUCUGCGGGUUAGGGAAAAACAAAUAAGAGAAUACCUUGUCUGAAAGGGCAUGAAGAGGAAGUGAAGACUAGCAGGCUCAGCCCAAAGCGCUCUUGAAUAGGAAAGGUUAAAGACUACGAGGGCCCAUAUCGAGACGUCUCCAGUUAGG